AAUGGAGCCAAUACUCGACUCCAAGUACACGUUCAUGGAUUCUCAUGGAAUUGUGAAUGAUGAACAAGAGAUUCCUACAUCAGUGAAUUUUGAUGACAUUAGGAAGGAUUUGAUAGAUGAACUGUCCAGGGAACAAUCUUCAAAUGCCUCGCAUGUGGUUCCUGAUCAAAAUUCUGCAGCUGCAAAGGACCAUAUGUGUGUUUAUCUUCGUAUUCGACCUUUCACGGAAUCUGAAAUUGCACAAAAUGAAUCUCAGGACUGUGUAUUAAUAGAAAACCCGACCAGUGUGAUUUUCAAAGCACCACAAUAUUCCUUGAGUUCCCGAUGCAGUGAUCGAGGAUUUGGCCAGAUGGCCCAACACUUUACAUUUUCUCAUGCAAGAAAGAUAGUUAUGUAUGUUAUGACUUUCUCUUUGUGAUCUUGCGGGAUCAGAACGAAAUGCAAAAACAAAGAAUAAUGGCGACAGAUUAAAAGAAGCGGGAAACAUUAACACUUCUUUGCUAAUUCUUGGAAAAUGCAUCAAUGCAUUGAGGCAUAACCAGAUUUCAAAGACGCAUGGCCAUGUUCCAUUUAGGGAAAGUAAGCUUACUCGCUACUUCCAGGGGUUUUUCUCUGGCAAAGGAAAAGUACGCAUAAUUGUUAAUAUCAGCCAAUGUGCUUCUAUGUAUGAAGAGACACUGAAUGUACUGAAAUUCUCUGCAGUGGCACAAAAGAUACUCCUUGAUUGUUCAAAACAUCUUCCUGCCCGUUUGUUUCCAAAAAGAUCAGCCAGAGCUCUUUCACUGAUCAUUAAUAAUGCUGCAAUUGGGUCCUCUUUGGUGAAAAGAGGAACUAUCUCUUGGGAUGCUCUUCCUGAGGAUGUCAUUGAGAUGGACGAAUGUGAUUCAGAGA